AUGCACCUCUUCCUAAUAGUUUACACCUUGAUCGGGGUAGCCAUUGCCCAGAAUGUAUUCACUACAGGAACUUGUGUGACUGAGCGGGGAUGCGACCCCUUUCCUACUGGUUCACUUACACCUCCCACUACGAUAUCAAACACCAUUCAACUAACACUAACACGCAUUGUAACCGUCUGUCCUACAGCGACAGUCGUUGUAUUCAAUAGCACCUCAACCACAACUGGAACUCAGACUGUCAACUCAACUGUGGUCUCUGCUCUGCCUGUCACCCAGACGUCAUUUGUCACGACCAAUGUCACCACCACCGAUGAGGAAUUAGCUACUACUACUAUCACUUCGACAAGUACCAUGACAUUGACAGCUACCAUCCGACGCACAACUACUAUUCCCGCUACGUCAGGCUUUGUCCCCAUCGCUUCUGAACCUGGCUACCUCCCACGACGCCGUAACAAACGUGACGUUGACAAGUUAGCACCGACUGCUAAACCAACCCUGGAAAAGAGAUGCUGGCCAGAUAUCCGAUCUAUUGUCUGCAACACUACUAUCUUCACUUUGACCACCCAGACCAUUACCCGGGCUAGAUGUCGUCUGCCUCUACCUACUACAACAGUGACGCAGAACGUAACUGUCAACACUGCUACCACGACUGUUACUGCUACAGUUACUAGCACGCGGACUGAGAGUACAACAGUGAUGGCUACCGUGGAGAAUGUCAUUACUUCGACUACUACCUCGACUUGGACUUUCAUCACGAGGCCUAUCGACACGAAUACGACAUUCUUUGCGACCACCACUCUAGCUACUGCAACGACAUAUGCAGCAUGUCAAGCGAAUAAUCUCAUUAACUCAGCGAACGGAGGACAUUUCAUCUGGAACAUCAACUACGGCGGUUCACAGAACCAGAUUCAAGUGGGGAUUCCAGCACGGAAUGCUUACGAAUGUUGUGUAGCAUGCCAUCAAACACAAAACUGCAUCUGGUCUAACUUCCCCGGAUUCUGCGAAUUGGUCAUUGCAAACUCCUGCAAUCCCAACAGCAACUUCAACUCAUCAUUCAUCACUUCACCGGAUGUCAGGAGGGGAACGACGAUUAGUAAUGGUCCUUGUGGAUUUAUUGCCAAUGGGGGAGAUAUCCCUCUGGUUUAG